AUGUCUAGCCUCUUCAAACUUCUUGCAUUCCUUCCAUUGGCGUUGGCCGCUGAUCCUUCAGUCCUUAAUCCUGGACAGGCCAUGAUCUUCAAGGAAAGUGAUUUUGCCGUGAGAAAUGGAAGAAAAGGAAUUGAACUUUCCUUCGAUGAAAAUUGCAUGAGCCUCGACGGCGUUCCCGAGUAUCGGAUGAAUGUUGGGUCAAUUUAUGUUCCUUGUUCGUCUGACUCUUCUCAGGACAACAUGUGCAUAAUUUAUAGCGACAACUCCUGCGGAAAUGAGAUGUUUACCUUCACUCGUCCCCAUGCGAAUUUGUUCAAACAGACCAAGGGCGACGAUGUCGGAAGACAGGUCAAGAGUAUAAAGUGCAUGAUAGCUCGAUCUCCCCUUGACAGGAAGGGGCAUAUUUUCACAAGUGAUCGUCCUUCGACCAAGAGCGCAAGCAGCUGCUCAUAUGAUACUUGUACUAGUGACGAGGCUUGUCGAGCUACACACCCCAACUACAACCUGAGUUGUUCUCAUGAAUCGAAUACUUGUCAGCAGCAGUCUCCGGCUGCUGGGGCUUGUGACAGCCCAAGCGCUGGAUGCAGCCCUGACAGUGUGUGUCGCAAUGGUUUAUGCAAGUCUAAAGGAGAGCUUUCUCCCUGCAUCAACAACAACAACUGCGCUGUCGGUCUUGAGUGCCGCCCGUAUCGUGCCACAGGUCCUUCUGGAGGCUCUAUCGCCGAGAAAGUCUGCAUGAAGGUGGAUGAUGUCCGCGGCAAGCAGUGCUCUUCAAAUUCCCCCUGCGCAGAGCAUAUGAUGUGUAGUCUUCAGAGUGAGGGAAAUGUGUACUGUGAAGGAGAUGGCACCUGUGGACUCAAGGAGUUAAACUGCCAGUCUCACAGCCAAUGUUGCUCCGGAAAUUGCUUGAGUCAAAAGUGUCAGUGA